UUUAGGUGUCCUCAUAAAAUGCCCGCCGCGCGCCUCGGCUGGGCCCCAAGAUGGCGUCGAUGCGGGAGAGCGACACCGGCCUGUGGCUGCACAACAAGCUGGGCUCGGCCGACGAGCUCUGGGCGCCUCCGAGCAUCGCCUCGCUGCUCACCGCCUCGGUCAUCGACAACAUCCGCCUCUGCUUCCACGGCCUCUCCUCGCCCGUCAAGCUCAAGCUGCUCCUGGGCGUCCUCCACCUGCCCCGCCGCGCCGUCGACGAGAUGAAAGGUGCCCUGACCGAAAUUAUCCAGCUGGCUACUUUGGAUCCAGACCCCUGGGUCUUAAUGGUGGCUGAUAUUUUAAAAUCCUUUCCCGAUAUUGGCUCCCUUAACCUUGAUCUGGAAGAGCAGAACCCCAAUGUUCAGGAUAUCUUAGGAGAACUGCGAGAAAAAGUGAGCGAUUGUGAAUCCUCAGCCAUGUUGCCUUUGGAAUGCCAGUACUUAAAUAAAAACGCCUUGACCACCUUGGCUGGACCCUUCACGCCUCCCGUCAAGCACUUCCAGUUGAAGCGGAAGCCCAAAAGCGCCACUCUGCGAGCGGAACUCCUGCAGAAGUCUGCUGAAACUGCGCAACAGCUCAAGAAGACGGCUGGAGUAGCCUUCCAUGCCAAAGGAAGAGGAUUGGUGAAGAAGAUUGACACCACAACUCCGCUCAAAGGAAUACCAAAGCAAGCUCCCUUCAGGAACCCCACCGCCCCCAUCGUCUUCAGCCCCACAGGGAACCGGACCCCCAUCCUAUCCUCCAAAGUGCCUCUGUGCAAGGAGAGAGGAGUCAAGUACCUAGACAUCAAAGAGCUGAAGGCCGUGGAUUCUGGGCGGGAGGCGAAAAGAAGAAGGAAGACUUUAGAUACAGACGUGGUGGCCAAGCAAGCAAAGGAGGAGACGGUCGUAGAAAAUGCUACUCCAGAUUAUGCUGCUGGGCUUGUGUCAACCCAGAAACUUGCUUCGCUGAACAACGACCCGGCGCUGGCUUCUACCAGUUACCUGCCUGCAGCGCCCAGUGCGGUGCCGUCCUCCUCUUAUGUCCCAGGCUCUGACCCCCAGCCAGCUGGCUCCAUCUGGGACCCCCUGCAAGCUAAGGAAGACGCCGCUUCAGCCGCCGCCACCCCCGCUGCUCUCGCAGUGGCUCAGUUUAAGCAACGGACGCCCAUGUACAAUAGUCACUUGAACCUGACUGCUAGCACCGCGGCGGCAGCAGCAACGGCAACAGCAGCGGCAACCCCAACCACUGAGUCCCCGGUGUCUCCCCCGGUGACCUCUCCGGCAACGCAGGGACCACCAGCCGCUCCUCAGGACGCCCCUGCCAAGAAGUCUCUCUCUCUCACAAAGGAGCAACUGUUUGCAGCCCAUGAAAUAUUCCAGAUGGCAAACAAAGUGACAAGGCCCGAGAAGGCUCUCAUCCUUGGAUUCAUGGCGGGAUCCAGAGAAAACCCGUGUCAGGAGCACGGCGACGUCAUCCAGAUCAAACUAAGCGAGCACACGGAGGUCUUGCCCAAUGCCGAUGGGAGCGGAAGCACCACCAUGCUGGUAGACACCAUCUUUGAGAUGAACUAUGCCACCGGCGAGUGGAGCCGUCUGACGAAGUACAAGCCCAUGACAAACGUUUCUUAAAUAAUUCCGUGGCGGGGAGAUGUAGACCAAAUAGAUCCUAGAAUAAAGCCAGCUUGUACGUUGUGUGUCAACUAAAGCAGAACGACAUUCCCGGGUAGGACUUCUCGUAACCAGCCCGUGUCCCAGCUGCGGUUGGCCAAAGUAGGAAGACGGGAGGCAAUGGCAACGCAGCAGCAGCUCUUUGUGGAAGGAUGCGGUGGCUCAGGGGCAGAGAAAGGACGGAAAAGGAGGCCUGGUUGACUUUCUCAGUUCCUCCCUUUUGUAGCUGAUGGCAGGUAGCCUCUGUCAUUUGGGGCGGCCCUCCUUGGGGUGGUGUUUCUGAGGCACCGUGGAAAGCCCCAGCAUGGCUCCUCUUCCUUCUGCUUCUCAAGGUGGCACAAAUAAUGAACCUUCAUUUCCUUGAAAACAGCCA